AUGUUUCAAGACGUCCAAUUCUCGGCCCCCUUCCUCCAGCUCUACAAAUCCCGACGCAGCAGCCUACGACCUCCCUCUGCCCCUGUUCCGCCCGGCGAUGGGCGAAUCGCCAUGGACGCGGCAACGGUGACCAGCUGCCAGGCGUCCGCCGACAGCGGCUCCAACAGCAACAACACAUCAUCGCUACGUCGAUCCAAGACAGGAAAAGAUGCAGCAGCAGCAGCAGCAUCACGACCACGACUACCACCAGCUGAGGCGGGCACGCGGCCAGCGGGCGACUCCCCGGCCAUCCAGCAGCUGCGCAAGGUGAUUCGCUACAAGUACCGUCACGUCGCGGCCUACCACACGCAGUCACAACCGACGUGUCUCAGCACCGACAGUGCUACCUCACCCAGCUUCCUGGGCUUUCGAAACCUGAUGGUCAUCGUUCUAGUGGUCGGAAACCUCCGUUUGAUGCUGGAGAACAUCCAAAAGUACGGCGUUCUGAUCUGCAUACGCUGCCAUGACUUCCGCCCACACGACGUGCUGCUGGGCCUCGUGCUGUCCCUGGCCAUCCCGCUCCACCUGCUGUUCGGCUACCUGAUCGAGCUGGCGGCCGCACGCCAGGCACAGCUGUGGCGGCAGCGACAAGCCAACAGCAAGCGGGCCAGGCUCGGCGGCCGCAGCCCAGACACGGGCACGUCCAGCCCAACCGAGGACGAGAGCCGUCGGUUCCGGGCGAUGUGGCACAUGGUGGCAUGGCUGCACGCAAUCAACGUGACGCUCGCGCUGGCGGUAGCCUCGUACGUGGUGUACUUCCAUAUCCACCACCCGCUGAUCGGCACGCUGGCUGAGGUGCACGCGCUGGUGGUGUGGCUCAAGACGGCGUCGUACGCCUUCACGAACCGCGACCUGCGACACGCAUACCUACACCCGGCCCGCGGCGAGCGCGAACAGCUACCAGCGCUCUACGCGGCCUGUCCGUACCCACAGAACAUCACGAUGGGCAACCUGGUGUACUUUUGGUGCGCGCCGACGUUGGUGUACCAGCCGAUAUACCCGCGCACCCCAGAGAUUCGGUGGGUGUUUGUGGCCAAGCGGCUGGCCGAGGUGUUUGGGCUGGCUGUGUUCAUCUGGUUCUGCAGCGCGCAGUACGCGGCGCCGGUGCUGCAGAACUCGCUGGCCAAGAUCGCGUCGCUGGACCUGGCGGCCAUUGCCGAACGGCUGCUCAAGCUGUCGACCAUCUCGCUGGUCAUCUGGCUGGCCGGCUUCCUGGCCCUCUUCCAGUCGUUUCUCAACGCCCUGGCCGAGGUGACCCGCUUCGCCGACCGCGACUUUUACGAGGAUUGGUGGAACAGCGCCAGCCUCGGGGCCUAUUGGCGCACCUGGAACAAGCCGGUCACACAUUUCUUCCGCCGUCACGUCUACUCGCCGCUCAUCGGCCGCGGCUGGAGCCCCAUGGCCGCGUCAGUCAUGGUCUUUUUCGUCUCGGCCCUGCUGCACGAGCUGCUCGUCGGCGUGCCCACCCACAACAUCAUCGGCGUCGCCUUUCUUGGCAUGUUCCUGCAGCUGCCGCUCAUUGCCAUCACCGCCCCGCUCGAGCACAUGCACACGGCUGCUGGUCGCAUGCUCGGCAACUGCCUCUUCUGGGUCUCCUUCACCGUCCUGGGUCAGCCCUUUGCUGCCCUGAUGUACUUUUAUGCCUGGCAGGCCAAGUAUGGCAGCGUGAGCCGCAAGCUGGCGGCGCAGUGA